GAAAAUCUGCAACGGCAAAGAGUCGCGAACACAGAGCCUACCGAAGAAAAACUGCUUCUGCUAGAGCUGCUUAGUGCGGAGUUCAGCACAACACAUGGAAAGCAUGAAGCCACAAGAAGGAGAGCUAGCAAUAAAGAUUUCUGAGGUAAAAAACAGAUUUGAUGUUGGUUUCUCACAACUGAAAGAAUAAACAGGAUUUUCUUUGCUCUUCUGUAAGAUCUUUCUGGUUCAUUGAAGCUUAUGUAAAUAUGGACACGCAAUAUCUAGUGCCGCGCUAAUAUUAAAAUGAGUUUAGGCAAAACAAAAUUUUGAUUGCACUGAUAAACCACGUACUAUUGUUAUGCAUUGUAUGUAUAUUUGACCUUGCUUUAAUUUUUAUGUAUGUCUGCAAGAGUAAAUGCGUAUAAAAUUCUAUUGUACCUGGUGUUGCCUCAGCUGCAGAGCAUGGUAUCAGAACUGAAGACUGUAUUUUCAAGUGCCCUGCUUGAGUUAAAUCAGAUCAAGGACUCAGACACGUGCCUUCAGGAAGACCUUCGAGAGACUAAGCAGACCUGUGAGAAGCGCACUCGUCACCUGGAGGCCUUGGUGUAUUCCCUCAAGGAGGAGCUCAUAGAGGUGCGCUGCCAGUUGCUGCAGCUGCGAUGUGAUCAGCAGAAGCUCCAACAAAGUUUAAAGAUGAGCUGUAUCAGAGGGUUAGGACCUCAGAGAAACUGCUGUGGUUGCUCCAUGGACAGAGAGGCCCAUUGCGAUGGUCUACUUCUCCACUGCUACCUGCAGGGAGGAUGUGCAGGGUGGCAUCCCCACACAGGAACGUUUGUGAUCCCUAAUGUGCCAUCCAGGACAGCUGAACUCACUUCUGCAGUAACAACAUCCUGUGGUAGUGAUGUCCCUUAUGCAAGCCCUUGUGAAGGCAGGAGGAUGCAGGUAACCCUGGAGCUGCUCCACUCUGAACAAGAAUACGUGAAGACGCUGAAUCAGCUUCUUGAGAAGUACAGAAUGCUUUCAGCACUGGAAAAAGAGCAGGAUUCACAUGAGAAAUUUUUGAACUACACCGAACAACUGUUACGCCAACAUCGACUGUUCAGGAAUGAACUUGAGGACUGUCUCACCAGAGGACAUGGGCUGGAUCGUGUGGCUGAUGCUUUUGCCAAACUCAUGUGCCAAGAUGAGUCUGCUUUUUCUGAAAUGUACCUGGGAUACCUGAGGACCCUCCCUGAAAUCAUCUCAGCUCUUCACAAAUCAGAUGUUGCAGCGUAUAACACACAGGCAUCCUUGGGGGAGAGAAAGGAGCUGCUGGAGGUCUUCCCAAUCCUAGCCCCUGUGUCACAGAUUCACAACUAUUUAAUUCAUACACAAAGUGAGCUGCAAUGGACAAGAAGAGACCACGGAGAUUACGACCUCUUGGAAGAGAGGAAGCGAGUUCUUUGGCAGCUCCUCUCUCGGUGUCACGACCUUCUGGAGGAGGCCAGCCUGGGAACCCUCAAGGAAGCGGCAGGAUGCAGGAGUGUGUCUCCACAUGAGCUCCACUCUGCGAGGAAGAACUGCAGUCCUGCUGAUGCUACACAUCACCUCUGUGUCCCACACCACGUCCAACACACCUUCUUCCCAGCAACUGCAAACCCAGACAGGAAGGAAGGAAUGAGUGCAUCUGGGCAGGGCUUCCUGCUAAGGCUGAAGCCCUCUGGAGAACAAGCCUGUGGUCAAGAGCGCCCUGACAUAAGGGAGAAUGUUGCAGAUGGCGACACGGACCAGGAAGACUUCGGCAACACCUCCGUUUUCGAUUACUCCUCGGUGACCUCGUGCAGCCCCGAUGGCACCUAUGAGAUGGGGGCUAAAGCAGGGGAGGAAGGCUUGGGCAUCCCUGGGCGAGGAAACCUCAGCGAUGGCGACACGGACAGUCAGGUACCUGUCCUUCUGAAGCCCUCGCACACACCCAGCUCGCCACUGGAGCACGGAACAUCUGCAGAAGCGUCAUCGUGCCCGAGGUGGCAGGUGCCCAGGGUGUCCCAAGAGCACGGUGUCGCAAAGAACAUCUCUCACUCUCCUAGCAGGACGUUCAGAAUCACCUGGGAUGAGUCAUUUAAACAGGGUGAUUCUCCACCCAAUGAAUGCAAGAAGUCCGGGAGGCAGUCAGCUUCCAAACUGGCACAAGUAGGAAGGUACCAGAGGGUAGUGCGGCAAGCGACCCUCCUUGGUGUGCCAUGUGGAGGCCCCAUGCGAGAGAACACAAAUGGAACAAGUCCAUGGGAAGAGAGUGAAGAUGAGGGACCCUGCAGUACUGUGUGAAGAAGCGCAUGAAGACACUCCGUCAUGGCACCACGUUACUCCUGAUGGCCUGCGGCUCAGCUAGUUGAAUACAUCACCUCUGCUAUAGAUCAUCACUGACAUCAUCCAUCAGCCAAAAUACUGCAAAGCAGUGAUAAUGACAGCCCACAUUCCGUUUCAGUUGCCCAGAAAUGCACUUGAAAUUGAGAUUACAACACGCUGCCCUCCGAAUUAAUCCAAUAAAUGACAGCUGCUGCCUAAUUAAGUA